CCGGCCGGAAUGUGAUAUGGCCCCCAACUCCCGGGUCUUGUGCAACCGUCAGCACGAGCGAUCUCAACGCAUCAAUCUAUCCAUGCCUCUCUGGUCGAUGAUGACCGGUCUCCCAACUAGGGAAAGGGAAUUCGCGCGUCGAUUGGCUGUGUUCCCCUCAACUGUUCAGAGACGACCCUAAAAAACCACACUAAAUCAGCUUCAAACCACCCCCGGUCGUCUCUUCAGCACGCCAACCAUAGCCGAAUUCAGCCCGAGCCCGUCGCUUUCCUCCGGACAGACUCGGACGGAGUCGAUUGGACGGGCGCGUGCGGAGGGGAAAUUCGACGUGAAAUCACUGUCUCCAGCACGGCGGCCACGACCGCUAGUUGGUUUCCCCAUCCCAUCCUUCUCUCCUUUUCCAGAGCGUUAUUGGUGCCGUAAGAAAGGGCCAGGAAUGAGUUUAG